AUGCAUGCUCGCCUCUCCAUCGCUAACCGCACCAACAUUGUUGCCGGCACGACGAGCGCCAAGAACAUUGCCAAAUUCAGCCAAGAUGUCACGGGAGGAGCGGUGACACAUCCAGAGCUCAAGGUUCCCCUCCACGCUACCGUUCGCGACGCCAUUGCUGCGCACAAAGAAGAGACUGGCAAUCACAACUACGACGCUACAGCUGUGUUUGUGCCGCCCCAAGGGGCAGCUGAUGCGAUUCUGGAAGCCAUAGAGAAUGAGGUGAGCAUAGCUGGAAACCGCGGGCGGGCUAGUUUCGUUGGCUCCAAUGCGUAAGGCUCAUCUCGGACCACAUUACUGGCAGAUUCCCUUAAUUGUCAGUGUGGCCGAGGGGAUUCCUACCAGAGAUCAGUUCCGAGUCAUGGCCGCCUUGCACUCGCAAUCGAAAUCCCGCUUGGUGGGAGCCAAUUCGCCCGGCUACACCUGCGCAUACGGUCCUCGUUUGGGAAUCGCUCCGGUCGCUGCUGCUCUACCCGGCUGUAUCGGUGAGCAUACCGAGCGCGACCUCAAAGCCGACGUUUCGCUGAACACUCUUUACUGCGGCUGUGGGUGCAGGCAUAGCUGCACGCUCUGGUACGCUCUCCUAUGAGGCAAUGGGUGCCACCAAAGGCGAGUUUGAUGUGAAAGUGAGACUGCUCACUUCCUUCAACAGCUGCUGAUGAAAGAGCAACUCCAGACAUUGGGAUUGGGCAAAGCUACAUUCUUGGACUAGGCGGCGAUCUCUAUCCGGGCACCCGCAUGGAUGGUAAGCAAGAUGCGAAGGCUGGCCACGAGCAAAGUGAGGCAGAAUCCUGAGUCAGGCCGAGUUUUGUUCCCGCAGAGGCACUGGAAUUCUUGCUGUCAGAGCCCACCACCAGCGGAAUCGUCUUGCUUGGAGAAGUUGGUGGAACGAUGGAAGAGGACGUCGCCUCGUACCUCCAUUCUUUAAGGCCGGAGCAAAGGGGCCACAAGCCAAUUGUCGGAUUCAUAGCUGGCAGAGGUGUGCCGCAGGGCCUCCGAAAUUAUGGUCAUGCAGGCGCAUUCUGGACAGACAAUGCGGGAGAUGCCAACAGCAAGAGGCAAAUGUGGAAAGAUGGUGAGGAUCAUCUAGGUGUAGAUGUUGGUAUGCUUAGGUCGGCGACUGACACAACCCUUGCCGAUUCGCAGCUGGCAUCAUCGUGGUGGAUCGGGUUGGCGACACUGCUACAGCCGUGCGUGACGAGUUGUGCAGAUUGAGGCAACUUCCGGACGAGGUGAAUUACGAGCUCAGAACCGGCAUGAAGAGAUAG